AUGGUGGAUCAAAGCGAGCCCAGGCCUCUCACGUCGGCCUUCGAGAGUCCAACAUUUGGGGAGGAUAGCUCAUUCCAUGUGGAGCAGCCUGUAGGGUCUAUGUCGAUCUCGCCCUGUGGCCGGGAUGUGGUUCUAGCCUCCAAGGAAGGUCUUCACAUCAUCGAUCUGGAUUCGCCAUACUCGCCGCCAAGGUAUCUACCGCACCACACACCAUGGGAGGUUGCAGACGUUCAAUGGUCUCCGUUUGCUGCCCGAGACUAUUGGGUCGUUAGCACGUCGAAUCAGAAGGCGUUGGUAUGGAACCUGGGCAUGAAAUCCUCGCCAAGCUCGAUUGAGCACGUUCUGCACGCCCACACUCGAGCUAUAACAGACAUCAACUUCUCCGCGCAUCAUGCAGAUAUGCUCGCGACCUGUGCCGUUGAUAGCUUUGUCCACUGCUGGGAUCUGCGGACACCCUCCCGUCCCGCCAUCUCGUUCUCUGACUGGCUUGCUGGAGCAACUCAGGUUAAAUGGAACCGACAGGACCCCAACGUUAUUGCCAGUUCUCACGACAAAUUCUUGCGAAUAUGGGACAAGCGGAUGGGCGCGUAUCCGAUCAAGUCUAUUGAGGCACACAGCACGAAGAUCUAUGGGCUGGAUUGGAACAGAGUACGGCCCGGGGCCCUCGUAACGUGCUCUCUAGACAAGACGAUCAAAUUCUGGGACUACACGGUGGACACAGAGGUACCGGAGAAGGUGAUCAAGACGCCGUUUCCAGUAUGGCGAGCAAGAAAUACCCCUUUUGGAUGGGGUGUCUUGGCCAUGCCACAAAGAGGAAACAGUGAUCUCCACUUAUAUAGUCGGAGGGCCGGGGAGGGCUCUACUUCCAAUGAUGAACUUCCUCUGGUACACAGCUUUCUAGGACACAAAGGCCAGGUGAAAGAGUUUCUCUGGAGAGCACGCGGAGAAAUAGAGGAUGGUAUCGAUAAUAGAGAGUUUCAGCUGGUGUCUUGGGGCACGGAUCGUGAACUCCGCCUACACAGAGUCGAUCCAGAUAUCAUGCAAAGGGUUGGCUUUGAGAAAGGGAAGACUUACGUCUCCAAUAUGAGCCUUACGCGCAAGGGCGCACUGUAUAGGUCAUAUCGAGAUACGCCUAUUGACGAAGAGGAAGAAGAUAUGGACUCGUUGUCACCCACUACUCGACAGAGCUCUACGCCCCAGACGUCUCGUAAUCUGGGCAUGAAUACUAUUUCGGUUCCAUACGCUCGCGCGUGGACGCAGAGCGGAGGAAACGCUGAGUCUAGAAUUGGAAUGCAGGGUCGGACAAACGUUCGCACGGAUACUAAUCCUAUUUCCUGGAUGCGUGGCGUGAAAAUAUCCGGUUGGGAUAUCGAGACAUUGGGCGACGAAAUUACCCACGUCGGAGAAAAGUUCACCAAGGUUGCUUUUGAAUCGGUCGAUGUCAGACAACGAAAGGCAACAAUAUCCCUUCAUGGACCAUGGGGUGACGAUGGUGACUCUAUUUUCAUGAAAGUCGAUAUCAAGUUCCCUGUUGAUUACCCUCGAGAUGCCAUGCCAACGUUCAGCGUGCAGAAGACUGCCGCUGUCACCGAUCAGCUUGCCGAUAAGUUAAUAGCUGAAGUUCGCACGAUUGCAGAGACGUUCCUUGCUCACAAAAGAGGAUGUCUCGAAGGUGUCGUUCGCUACCUCUUGGGCGAGAGCACCCUGGAAGAAAGCAUCGCUUGGAUUCUUGGGGAAACGGCAGACACUGUCAAGUCUCCCAUCAACGGCCAACUAGGGGGUGAGGAGUCCAGCGAUGAAGAUGAAGUUGGAUUGUCUCAAAGCCAAGAUCUAGGCAUGAGUUCUGAACUGCUUCGACCGGUCAAUGCCAAUGUCAUGGUCCCUGUAGCCAAGGGAUGCGGUGCACUGUGGGCCAACGACGGUCGCUUGGUGUGCUUCUUCCCCUUCAAGAAGGACAAGUCCAAUUGGCUAGAAAACCUAGGAUUCAAGGAAAUGACCAGGUUAUCUAGAGCGGACAAGGUCUUCGAAGGCUUUGGUCGUCUGCAGACCAAUUCUCCUGGACCUCGGACAUCUGUCACAAUGGCCAGCACUGACGAUGGGGCUUCUGAAUAUUCAGACGAUUCAGACGCCGAAUCGUCAAGCUCUUCCGGGUCUUCUGGUAUUCUGUCAGGGCUCCAGCACCGGUUUCCAACACCUCAGACAUGGCGAAGUGGUGGCAGUCUUGGACUUUAUCGUCCGCGCUCUACAGACAAUUCCCAAAGGUCGACCGUUGGUGCGAUGACAUCGAAAUCAUCUGAAGGCUCGCAAAAUGUCAUCUCCAUCCACGACUUCAGUGAUUUGCUACCAGCCAAGCGGGAACUGGCUAGCAAAUAUCGUAUUUGCGGCAAAGUCACGGACGUUUGUGCGCAUAAUUCAGCUGUAGCCCUCGACCACGGUUAUUACGAGCUGGCUCGAAUCUGGGGACUUGUCAGGCUUAUUUUGCACAACUGCAAAAGCUCAAUGUUUUCGUCCGGUUUUGACACCCUGGAUAGACCGUACAUACAAAGGAAGGAUAGCGCCGUGGAUCUGAGUAACGAUAUGGGAAGUCAGGACCAACGCCACAAAGGGUUUCUAAAUUCCGUCAUACAUUGGGGCGACCACCCAUUCGGUGGUCAGUGGCUGAUUCCUGCUCUCUUCGAACAUUUCGAACAAAUCGGUGACGUGCAAAUGAUCGCUAUGCUAUCUUGUGUUUUGCACGAAGCAAACAUUGACGAGGCUUCCAAAGAACACGCUCAUGUCAGUCGGGCCGUGUCCAGGCGGAUGGAAGAGCAUGCAUUUUCUUUUGAUCUGUAUUCCCCCAACUCGGCUGUGCAGACUAAACCGCAGACGGCCGUGCCGCUUGCCACUACACCGAAGGACAGUCACGCAACGCCUAUCACACAUAGUUCGGGGCGUUCUUCGUCUGAAAUUUGGCGUCCCGAUUCCACGCCGCCAUAUUCCACCGGCACAACUCCUCCUCUGGCCAGCCGAGCGGGCCCCCUAGCAGCAGACCGCAAGACAUGGACCCAGAACAUAGCAAUCGCUGCUUCGCCUGACCAGCAAUCACAACCACGCAGUGGCUCCGGGAUUGGCUCCGUUCUCGCCUCGUCUCUUUCCCGCUCUCUUACAUUUGGUCCUUCGUCAGCAUCUACUCCAGCAACUGCAUUGUCACGGAAGGUUUUCAAUCCUAAUGGCAGUCCCAAUACAGUCGGAGGGCCAGGGGUGUGGGUGACGAGUGCCUUUACUGCGAAACCAGUUUCAGCCAUUCCCGACUAUUUGACUACCUCCACCGCGCUCACGUCACAAACUCAUUCUGACACGGAGAGCGAGAGACCUGCUCCAGCCAAACCGUCGACAAAGGUUCGCGCAGUCUUGAAGAACCAAGCUGCUUUCGAGGGCAAUGGACAGUCGCAGAAUACUUUCCUCGAUCCCAAGAAAGAGUGGCUGUAUCGGUCUUAUCGCGCAGCAUACGCUCAUCUGCUAUCUAUAUGGGGACUGCCAGUUCAACGCAGUGAAGUAUUGAAGAUCGGCGGCACCCCCAAUCCCACCAAGGAGCCGACACACCGUCGCCACAGAAGCCACCACGAUUCAUUCUCUCUUCCCACCUCCAAGCGCAGAAGCUCGACGGCUGCGCCCACUGAUACUGAAAACCAGGGUCUAGAGAUCCAACGCCACUGCAUCAGCUGUGGCCAAGCCCUGCAGCACUCCAUCUUCGCGACCAAGGCACUCACCGAAGCAAUACCCAAGGGCCACUUAAAGGGCAUAACACCACCUCCCCUCACCUGCCCUCACUGCAAACCAAAACAGCCUCUCCCUCUCAGACUCCCCUGCGUCAUCUGCAGCGAAGUCGUCGAAGGCAUGCUCAUCCCCUGCCUCGGCUGCGGUCACGUAAGCUGCUUCGACUGCCAUCGAGGCUGGUUCUCCAUGGCAUCAUCGAACACACCCGACCCCGAACAGGAAGAGUACCACUUCUGCCCGAGCGGCUGUGGCUGCAAAUGCGCCGACUACAUUGACCCUGACAUCCCCACAAACCCGUGGAGACUUAAUCCGACGUCCCCGAGCACCCACGGCAGCGAGAUCUCUCUCCACCGACACCGCGCCAAACCUUCCGACGGAUCCGGGUCCUCGAAACACGGCAGUGAAGUCGUGGCUAGUGUUGGUCAGCACGAAGAGGAUCUGGAUAACUGGCAAGCUGCGUCACCCUUUGCAUCGCUUGCACGGGGUCUCGGAGGUGGCUUGAGCCGAGGGCUGCGUGUUAAGGAUGAGAGGAGGAAGUCGAAGCCGACUACGGCGCCGUUUGUUCCUAAGAAGUCCUCGAUGAAUCAGGUGGAGAGUAGAUGA